CGUUUAACAGUUAAUCAAGCGGUUGGGUUCCACGUAGCGACGCGGCGCGGCGCGGCUCGGCUCGGUGACCGCAAUUGUUUUCGGGAUUACUCCGUUUCCUGAUUUCCCUUUCCAAAGCGAUCUCGUGACCUCGCGACUUUGCCACUUCGCAACAGAGAAUCGCGGCCCCGGGUAGGAAACCGCGAGUCGACGCGAGUAGCAGAAUUUUCCGGUUUACCUUGAAAUCGACGCGUGACCGAGUCGGCUCGCAUUCAUUCGUUUGCAUUUGCGCGUCAAGCGAAUUAGCCGUCACACGAUACGUAACGCGCUAUGAGAACGUUCGUUAGCGACGCGCCGCGCCGGCCCGCAUCGUUUCGCGCUCUUAAACUCCGAAACGCUCGCGAUUCGCGAUCGCUCCUUCCCGAACGAAUCAGUGAGCAAAGAAACGCCGAGGUUGCAAAGUGCGCAAUCUUCGACUUCCUUCCGACGCCUUUUCGCCGACCGAGCGAAUUUCGAACAUAAACUUUGGCAUAGACAAAGACUCGGUCGAAAGAGAAGGCGAGGGGUGGAAGGGAAACGGGAUGGUUAAAGUGUUUUAGCGUUGCUCGAGCUACUUCUCUGUUCGAGUAGUCCUCUUCGGUACCCGGUGUGCUUCGCAAGCAGAGGAUAUCGCGGUUAGCUUGCUCACGGAUAUCCGCAUUGUUUCGCGUCAACCAGCCAAGUCAGCUGACCUACAUCGAACAGCGGCUAAGCAAAAUGGGAUAUCGAGCCACUCGAUGCUCAUCUGCGGACAAACCACUCGCGAUCCCUAGAGACCUUGCCGGCGGACGCCCAAACCGCGGCGGCGUCCUCCUACUCGACGACGCUCUUCCGUUAAAUCCCUUCUUCGAUUCGCGUUUCGCGCUUCGUCGCAGCCGAUAUCGCUGCCACCGUUUCCGUCCUUUCCCACUGUAAUUCAUUCGUUACAUAUUCCACGCGUUUUAAAGCCUCUCUGUUCUCCGCCUCCCUCGCCUUCUCGACGCUUGAUCAUCGCGCAACCAGCUGUACAGUGGGAUUUCGUUUCCGACAAGUCUUUUGCCUUCUAUUUCGUGUCUCGUGUCCCCGCGCUUCGCCGAUCAUCCAAGUGGCGGGACGUUCCCGAUACGAAAUCUUCCGUUGCAAAACGACUCGAGAAACGACGAGUCAUGGGUUAUCGUAACGUCAGUGCAUACGUUGAUUGAUCGAUCGAUUAAAGAUAACAGGUACAGUUUGUCACAGUAGCGUUUGUGCAUCGCUCCAAAUCGAAAGCUGGAACAAAAACUGAAGGAACGUACGGAAAAAGGUCAUUGAUAAAGAUUUCAUCGAAAUGAGGGACCACCCGUCACGCGUUUCCUUCGAUUCAAGAUAAGAGACGACCGUCUGCAAGCAGCUCGCUAAACGUGGCCGCGAACGAUGCGCUACCAACAGAUUUUCAAGCAGCAGCUUCUUCGAGCACGGCAUAUCGUACACAACAGCUUUCUGCCGGACAAACCGGUGAAAGAGAAACAAGGGAGGCUGGACAGGGCGUCCAUUCUGUUUCGGAACGGCCGCUUAAGAAUGCCAGCAUGAGAGGAUCGUCGUUUUUGGGAACGAUCAGAUCUGUGCGUGGAACUUUCCUGAGGACGCUAGUUUUCGUCUUCCUGGCAACGUUCCUUUGGCUUCAGCUUCACGUUAUCAGCCUGACCGGUCGUGAUUCCGCGGGCCAAGCCUCCUCCAACGAGACGUUGUUCGCUCUCGUGCCACAAGAACUGCACAGGUUUCUAAAAGAACGUCGAAACGGCUCGUCGACGUUGGCGAACGCGAGCGCGGAAACGCUGAGCGAGCUCGAGAUAGCGGAGAUUCGUCGGAACAUAGAGAAAGCGAACGGCGAGCAAAGGGUGUACAACGAGGAGUCGUUCGGUCCGUUGGCGAACGACGCUCCCGUGAUAGUGAUCCAGGUGCACACGAGACUCACCUACCUCAGACACCUGAUCGUCUCGUUGGCUCAAGCCAAGGGCAUCGAGCAGACCCUGCUCGUCUUCAGCCACGACGUCUGGCAUCCGGACAUCAACUAUCUCGUGCAGAGCGUCGACUUUUGCCGUGUCAUGCAAAUCUUUUAUCCUCACAGCAUACAAACUCAUCCUCGAAGCUUCCCCGGCGAGGAUCCGAACGAUUGUCCGCGAAACAUACGCAAAGAACAGGUGCAUGUGGCUGUUCCCGCAUCACCCUGUAGGGCCUUGAGUCUCGGCUGCAUCAAUGCCAAACACCCGGACCUCUACGGUCACUACAGAGAGGCCAAGUUCACGCAGACCAAGCAUCACUGGUGGUGGAAGGCGAACCGAGUGUUCGAUCAACUGACCGUCACUCGAAAUCACACCGGCAUGGUACUUUUCCUCGAGGAGGACCAUUACGUCGCCGAAGACUUUCUACACGUUUUGAGACUGAUGGAACGCACCUGUAAGCACAGCUGCGAGAGAUGCAACGUCCUAUCAUUGGGCACCUAUCUCAAGACUUACAAUUACUUUGCCGACUUUAGUCGAAAGUUCCUUGGCGUCAACAGCGCUCUGCAAAAGGAGUUCCUGCGUGGAUUAAAGAGGCGGGAAUCGUCGACGGGACAGCAGUCGACGAAAACCGAGGACAACGGCGGUAUCAAGGCAUUUCCUAGCAACGGCGUCCCCACCGGCGGCAGCAACACCGGCAACACGAGCGUCACCGGAAACGGCCCUCUUCUCUUAACCGUCGUCAAUCGGAACGCGCACACGGGACAAUCUGCUCCCGCAUGGGCUUUCCAGCUCCUACCCGAUCUCUACAAUCAUUAUCAAAAGGCCGAGGUGAUACCCUGGAUCUCGAGCAAACACAACAUGGGAAUGGCGUUUAAUCGAGUCACGUGGAACAAACUGAGAAAAUGCGCGUCCCAAUUUUGCUCGUACGACGAUUACAAUUGGGACUGGAGUCUUCAACACAUCGCGCAAACCUGUCUGCCCGCGAGCAAAGGGGCUGGGAUCGUGCCCCGCACCGAGUCCGGUUUGGUCACGAUGAUGAUGAGAGCGCCAAGGGUUUUUCAUAUCGGCGAAUGCGGAGUCCAUCACAAGAAGACCAACUGCGAAUCGACCGCCGUCAUAGCAAAGGUUCAGAACGUUCUAAAAGCCGCCCGAGAUCAUCUGUUUCCUACUCAACUGACGCUUACCGUGGCUGGUACCGCGAAAAAGACGAAGCUCCGAAAGGGCAACGGUGGAUGGGGCGACGUACGAGAUCAUCGGCUUUGUUGGAACAUCACCGUUUACCCGGAUCUCACGCUACCCUGAAACGGAGACUCGAUCGGAGUCGGGAGCGAUCGAUAGCGCUACUUAUUGCCCACCGCCUCUACUUAGCCUCGCCACACGUUUCAGUGGAACGGAGCACACUUGUCCUACUCUAGUCAUCGCAUCGGAUGCGUUGCAAGGAACAAUUUUACGUCGGCUUUCUUCGAGCCGAGGAUUGCUCGCGGCCCAACGUAUGUCACGCGAUCCGGAUUCGCGCGCGACCGAAAUAAACCUAUCCACCGAGCCAGUCUAUCGCGAAUUCUACGUAGCCUAAACGCUACCCGUUUUAUAUUUGUAACAGACAUCAACGAAAAUAAACGAAUCGACCGAUUUUCUUUUAUUCGUCGAUCUUUUAAACCUU